AAAGGAGAGCAGAUUAAAUUACGAUCGGUGGGUGAUUAGCUCACCGCCUUCCUCGCCCCGCAAUCCCAAAGCCACCUCGCAUCGGAUCGGAUUGCUGUUCGCCGACUCUUUCCUUUCUUCGAUUGGUCGUCGCUGAUGGCGACGAGACCUAAGAAAUUCUGGGAGAGCCUCAUCAAGCCCUUCAUCGGCGGCCGCAACAAAGAGGAGAAGGGGGAGGAGGACUUGGAGGCGAUCGCGGCCACGGAGCACAAGGUGUUCCGCUACGAGAUGCUGGUUGCGGCCACCCGCAACUUCAACCCCAAGCAGAAGCUCGGCGAAGGGGGAUUCGGUCCCGUCUUCAAGGGACGGUUGGAGGAUGGGCGGGACGUGGCGGUGAAGCGCCUGGGGCGGGGUUCGCGGCAGGGGGCGCGGGAGUUCGAGAACGAGGCGAUGCUGCUGUCGCGGGUGCAGCACAAGAACGUGGUGAACCUCUACGGCUAUUGCGCCCACGACGACGACAAGCUCCUUGUCUACGAGUACAUCCCCAACGAGAGCCUCGACAAGCUCCUCUUCUCCGAAGGAGAAGACGAGGGUAAUGGGAGCCAGAUGCAGCUGGACUGGAAGCGGAGGUACCAGGUGAUCGUCGGGGUGGCGCGGGGGCUGCUCUACCUGCACGAGGGCGCGCACACCGCCAUCAUACACCGUGACAUCAAGGCCAGCAACAUCCUGCUCGACAACCGGUGGGUCCCCAAGAUCGCCGACUUCGGCAUGGCGCGGCUCUUCCCCGAGGACCAGACCCACGUCAACACCCGCGUCGCCGGUACCAAUGGCUACAUGGCGCCGGAGUAUGUCAUGCACGGCUCCCUCUCCACCAAGGCCGACGUGUUCAGCUUCGGCGUCUUGGUUCUCGAGCUCAUAUCGGGCCGGAAGAAUUCCGCAUUCAGCCCCCUCCCCGACCCUGAGGCCAACAGCCUUCUGGAAUGGGCUUGGAAGCUCUACAAGAAGGGCCAGAGGCUGGAGCUACUGGAUCCUGCUGUGGCGUCCACGGCCGACGCAGAGCAAGUCGCGAUGUGCGUUCAGAUCGGCCUCCUCUGCACACAGUCUGACCCCAAGCUGCGGCCGGACAUGAAGCGCGUGGUGAUCAUCUUAUCCAAGCAGCCGAGCGUGCUCGAGGAGCCGACCAGGCCUGGCAUUCCUGGAUCCAGAUACCGAAGAAGAUCCUACGGAACCCGCGGCUCCCACUAUUCAGCCGGCGAGUCCUCCUCGACUAUCAACUCCGCCUCCACCGCUGCCACGACGGCAACCACCUCGACCACCCUCACUAUGCAUCAGGAGUCGCAUCAGGAGCAACAUCCUAAUCCUACGUGACAAUAGAUCGUGUUGUUCGCACUCUCUUCGUUAUUUUGUAUAAAACGAGCAGGUAUUAGUUUCGUUUUAUUAUACGUUGUUCCUUUUGUUGUGUGUAAAUUCUUUUAGGAACACUUGGUCUCUUGGACGAGCUUUCUGGAAGUAGGAAAUCUUUAAUGCAGAGAAAUGUGGUUGUAGAGAUUUUUUUUUA